CUGCUCCUGAUGGAGCUGAAAGGAGCCAGAGGGCUGGGGUGGAAAUUUUGGCAGCUGGGAACUAAGGUAAUGUUUCACAGACUGGAUGAGUUCCUGUGCAUUAGUUGUGCCUCGAGUCCGUGGAGCAAGGAGAUACCUUGUUGUAGAGGUUUGGAGAAGGUCAACAGCAGUGGGCUGGAGCUGCUGGGGGAAGAGCCAGAGGUGUCUCAUGGCACUGACACAGUCUGGAAGGGAUUGACAAAACCCUGCCUGGGUCUGUGUUAGUAGACAGAGCACAAAAAUGUGACAAAGCUGGUCAAACCUGUUCCCUGUACUGGGAUUUCAGGAGGUUUUUUGGCAUUUGACAAAGAAGGGGCAAGAGUGGUGCUUGGCUGGUCUUCUGUGGUUCUGCUUUCCAGGUAUUCUGUGUGCCCUGUGGGCACCUGGGCCCAAGGCCAUGUGUAUGGAUGUAUGGAUGUGUUUGGAUGUACAGAUGUGUAUGGAUGUAUGGAGCACAAGGAUAAUGUCACACAUUCUGCAGGUUCUGUUGUCACAAGCUAUAGAGGCUGUUGCAGGAUGUUUGGGGAGCAGAGGGUUUGGAGUACUAGGACAGGAGCCUCCAGUGAAAGUGGUUUGCUGCUGUAGAGCAGGUGCUGGUCACAUCCUGGCAAACAGAAAACAAAAUGCUGUGGGUUUGCUCAGAACUGCUCAAAAUUUCAUCAAAUGCAACUAGAAAAAAUGUGGUGGUAAUAAUUUUUAUUAGACUAACAUUUUCCCUUGCAAAUGUGACAUGUCAUCAGGUGUAUGUCUCAAGAUGUUGCUUUUCAGGACAUAUUUUCAGGGAGGAGUGCAGUGCUCCCAAAGUGGCCCUUAAUUUCCCCAAAGCAUGUUCACUGCACCAGCCUUGCAGAGACCCAGUUGUCCUCAGGCAGGGUGGCAUCUGAGCCAUGGGGACAGCUGGGGACACUGCUGCCACUUGUCAUUCCACCGUGUGACACGGCCCAGCAGCUCUGGAGGUGAGCACAGGUCACUAGGGUUGUCAGACUGGAAUCAAAGCAGUUUUGGGGGGCUGCAGCUUCUCCCCUCAGCCAUUGUUAUGUGGGUGCCUACUGCCUGCGUGUGGCACAGAGGCAAACUAUAAAUAACUGCAUGAGCUAUUCCUUCCCUCUGAUAACAAGGCCAGAACUGAACAUCAGCUUUAUUCCUUCUCAUGCCAACCUCCCAGUUCACUGGCAGGCAGAGAUAUGGCCCUGACAUCCAGCAAUUCCCUCUGAUAAUUGUACCAAGGCUCUGCCAGGGCACUGCUGGUGCCCAUGGUGAGGACAUACUGGUCAGUACUUUUCCAGAUGCCACAAAGCAUCCUCGGGGGUUUGUGAUGAUGUGGCAUGAGCACAGAUGUAGCAAUAACUAGGCUAAGGGCCUUUAAGGACACCAGACAUUUUCUCCCUGUCAGAUAAUUUUCAGUCUCAUACCCAAGGGCACAUUCUCCAUCAGCUCACAAGUGUUUCCACGUACUUUAUUUGUUCCAGGUCUGGAGGUGUUUUAUACUGUGACAAAACAUAAACUAAAUAAUCAUGAGGGAAAAUGUCAGAUCUUUUCCUCCAUUUUUAUGGAUUCCCUUUUGGUCUGGUGUGUCCAUUCCCAGGCAGACAAGUUUAUGUCUCUGACACAGAUUGAGAUCAAGGAUGACCCUGAGAAGGAGUGGCCUGAAUCCUGCUCUAUCCCAGGUGCCCAAAGAGCAUCAACCCUGCUCCAGCCUAGAUCCAGCUCCACACACACAGAGGGAAGGGAUCCCUGCAGGUAACACCUGCUGAACUAUGGGGAAAUGAUGUAAAGGCUUUUUCUUUGAGAUGCAGACCUGAAGAUACGUCUGCAGGGAUUUGGUUUUAUCCCUUUGAAGUAUUUUCACGGGUUUUUGGGAAAUUUCUGUCAUAAAAUUCUCUCAUUUUUCUUAUUUCCACAGUGCUCAAAAACAUCUUCUCCAAAGGUAAACAUUUCGGUGGAUGCUUCAGUACAAUGAAAGGUUUGUUUUGUGAUACCAUUCACAGCUUUGAAGACCUCUGAGUUCAUGUCCUCAAAAGCAAGUGCAGGAGUAUUUUUGUUCAGGCUAUUUACACCCCAUCAGAGCUCAGAGCUGAGUUAAUGUUUCAUCUCAGGCUGCAAUAAAUUAGAUAAAAGAGUAUUUCCUCAUUCCCAGAGUUACCCUUUUACUUUGUUUGCACUGCUCCAUUUGCUGAUGCAGAAAAAUAGCAUUGCUUAAUCACUUUUAACGACUGUUGAGACUAUUUUUAAAAACAAAAUAUAUAUCUGUACUGCAUUUCUUUUGCCGAGGCAUUUUUAAGAUGACCAAGCCUCAACCCAUGCUAAGUAAUGAGAGCUGUCUUCCUGCUGGCAAACCUACCAGCACUGUUUGAUAAGUUUAGAAAGAUAAACCCAUGUGAACCUCGGUGAUCCUUCCACCUCAUUUUGUUUCGCCCAUAAGCAGGAAAGGCUUGCUUCUUGGACAUCAAUUAUGGAAAUUCUGAAGUGCUCUUUGGAGAAGCUUUUCAGGGAGGUCCUUCCCAGUGGAGAUACACACAGCCACCUGACAGCUGACAAACCUGUGCCUGAGGGACUCUGCCGAGGAGCAGCUCCCACCCCUGCCAUGCUGGAGCUCCUGGGGAAGCACCGUGGCACCGAUGCUCACCUGUAACAGCAGAGGACAAGAGCUUCAGACAAGCAAAGCAAAUAUAGAAAAAAUCUCCAGACAUGUUCUGCAGAUACUUUUCCUUCUUCAGUCUGUGCCUUUUCCUUCCAACACAAAGGAGCUCUCUGGGCCAUGGAUCCAGCUUGCAUGGUAGGGACACAACAUCCCUCCCUGGAUUUGAGAACCUUACCAUGGGGUACAACAAAUAUCUCCGGCCCUACUUUGGUGGAGAGCCUGUACAAAUAGCAAUGAGCCUGGACAUUGCAAGUAUUUCUAGCAUAUCUGAAAGUGACAUGCUGUGCCAUGCAGGUGCCUGGACACACAUCCCCAGGCUUUGCUCCGUUCCCCAGGAUUACACAGCCACCAUCUGCCUGCAGCAGCGCUGGACAGACCCUCGGCUGGUUUUCCAUGGUAACAAGAGCUUCACACUGGAUGCUCGCCUGGUGGAGCUGCUUUGGGUGCCUGACACCUACGUUGUUGAGUCAAAAAGGUCCUUCCUGCAUGAUGUCACCAUGGGCAACCGCCUCGUCAGGCUGUUCUCUAAUGGCACUGUCUUGUAUGCCUUAAGAAUCACUACUACUGUUGCCUGUAACAUGGACCUGUCAAAAUACCCUAUGGACACACAAACAUGCCAACUGCAGCUAGCAAGCUGGGGCUACGAUGAGAACGAUGUCACCUUCACCUGGCUGAGAGGAAACAACUCCGUGCAUGGCAUCGAGAAGCUGCGGCUGUCCCAGUACACGGUGGAGCGCUACCACACCCUGGUCUCCACAUCACAGCAGGAGACAGCCCAUCAACAACAUGGACUUUGUUUCUACGCUUCAAAAGGAAUGAUUGUUUAUAGAGCAGAACUAUGUCCCGAAAACACUACAGAUCCAGCCUCAGAACACUUAUGCAGUUACCCACGACUGAUAUUACAGUUUGAACUGAGGAGAAAUGUCCUUUACUUCAUUUUGGAGACCUAUGUGCCCUCCACUCUGCUUGUCAUGUUGUCUUGGGUUUCUUUUUGGAUCACACUGGACUCAGUGCCUGCAAGAACCUGCAUUGGAGUUACAACAGUGCUUUCUAUGACAACUCUGAUGAUCGGCUCACGAAGCUCACUUUCAAAAACCAACUGUUUCAUUAAGGCCAUUGAUGUUUAUCUUGGCAUCUGCUUCAGCUUCAUCUUUGGCGCCCUUGUGGAAUAUGCAGUGGCUCACUACAGCUCAUCACAGAAGUGUGCAGCUAAAGUACCAGAAGAGGGGCCUGCAAAUGAGCUGACUGAAGAAAUGGAAGAAGUUAACAUCACCAAUAUCCUCAACAAUUCCAUCACCAGCUAUAAACAGAAAAUCAGCUUCACAAGCAUUGAGAUUUCCAGCAAUAAUGUUAACUGCAGUGACUUGACCAUGAAAAGUCAUGAGAAAAUCAAGUGUGUCUUGAGAAACAAAAUGCACAGGAUUAUUGGUUAUUUCACAAUUCAGAAUCCUGGCAAUGUGGACCACUACUCCAAAUUGCUUUUCCCUUUGUUUUUCAUGGUGGUCAAUGUGUUUUAUUGGGCUUAUUAUCUAUACUUUUAGUAGAAAUUAGUUGCUUCGUUCUCCUACUUCAGCAGGAGAGGAAUUGUAUCAGUGGGCAUCCAGGUACCUAACCUCAGUGAAUUCAAUGUGGACAAAAAGCUUCCUUGUGUUUCCUGAGGUACCCAUACCAAGCAUGUGAGGUGUGCAUGCAUCAGCAGCAAUGACUCUGGCAGCAGCUGUUCAGCUGAGUGGCUGUGCUGGACUGCUCUGCUCAUAGCUGCAUUUCAUUCCACACCUCACCUGGCUGGAGAUGUGUGUGCAGGACUGCACUGGCAGCUGCACAGAGCACUACAGGUGGCAGAAUUAUUUUGGUAGCUUAGAGCAGGUUGGGACCUUUGAGUUGAGAUGUCCCAAAGAAUGUAUAGGAUUGUGACUGGGUUUUUUUUUGUUUGCCAGAGAGAACAGAAGGACUGUGAUUGCUGCCUCAAUAGCUGCUCUGUUGCAGUGAGAGCCCUGAGGCAGCAGCAGGAGCUCAGGGCAGUGCAGCACAGCUCUGGUGCAUGGUGCUGCUUUGUCCCGGGUGGUGCAGUGCCAGGACGGUGAUUUGGUACUGCACAGUGCUUUUAACAUCUGUCACUCACUGAGGUAACCCUCACUUGCUGAAGUUCUCUGUCCCUGAGACAGAUGGAGGGUUGUUGUUUGUAGAGCUGCAUUUUUUCAGAGAUUUGGGAACAUGAAAUAGAGGGACCAAAAUAAUUUUGUAACACAUCUCUUAUACUCUUCCUGCUGUACUGCAGUUGAACAGAUUCUAGCACUUUCCAUGUCUUCCUUACAAAUUAUUUAUUGUCCUGGAGAGUGUUUCCUUUGGCCUUCACUGCUACAAGCAGCUCUCUCUCCUUGCCAGCCAUUGGCACAAGGGGCCUAUUUGUCGUCCCCUCCUUUAUGUGGCUGUGCAGCUGUGACAAUCCAGCAGUGCUGCUGGGUGAAAAACAUGUCUGGGUUGGGCUAGGCUAGUUUAAAUCACCCUUUCACUCUCUAUUUUAGGUUGAAAAACUGUUACUUUUUUUCAGAAAAACCAUAUUCUAAGAGGGCUCUGGAAACUGCCCAAAGUCAUCUUUGUUUGUCCUGCAAUCAGCAGGAGCCAGAGUUUUCUUUUAAAGAUGAAUGAAAUAUGGAUGCACAGUUACAUUUGAGAACCAAAUGCCAUUGGUACUGUGAAACUAAAGAGUACUGCAAGUCUUUAUUUGCUGAUUGUAAAAUGAACAUUUUGUGACAGAUUGCUCCACCCCAGCACCCUUUUUUUGGUCUGGGCUGCUUUCAUCACUGAGAGGAGCAAUCCUGCAGAUGUGUGGGCAACUGGAAUUGCCUGCAGCGGCUCCAUUCAGAAGAGUUCUGGCUGGGUGAGGCCUCAGUUUGCAGUUUGUUACAAUGUUUGCUUAGUUUAAGAAUUUCUUCUUGGGGGUUCCUCGAGAAGGUAAGCAGAGCACGUGAAACUAGAUUUUUUUACUUCAAUAACUUUUUAUUGAACCACUUCACCACGAUGCACUGUGAGGGAUCUAACCCACAGAUUCAUAAAUCAUCGCUUUUACGAAGAGCAGCACAAGGAGAUAGAGGGGAACAGGCUGACAAUGGCAAGUAGAUAAAAACAAACUCCAAUAAUGAAGUGUUGGCUUGUAUAUACUGGCAUUUGAAGUCCAUUCCAUAAUAAAGUGAAUGUUUGUGAUAUGAACACAACCCCUCAGAGAGAUUCU